CCUGAAGCCAUGUAUAAGUUCUUGCCAUAACUACUCGGUGGUUCUACCAUUUCUAAUGUCUGGGAAGUUUUUUUUUUUUUUCCUUUUUGCAUGAAUCUGUUGUGUUGCUAGGUUUUAAACUGUCUAUUUUAUUGCACUGCUGAACUAUGGUUAUGUUCAUUUAACUGCAUAGCUUACAUUGCCUUUCUCAAGUAGUGGUGCGCUAUGUCUGUGUCCUGCAAAACUUUGGCAGGGAAUAGACCGGCAAUUCUGCCGAGAGUUUUAAGAACAAAAUGGAAUAGCCAUUGAAGGCUCUUAUGCUUGAUUGUUUCUUGUAAUUGAAGAUGUAGUUCUCGCAAAGAAACGAAUUAAACUCGGUCGAAAUCCAAUUAAAUCAUACGCGUUCAGGAAAUCAUGUUGGAACAGUUUUGAGUUAAUCUAGAGAACAAGCAGGCAGUUUGCUUUGCUAGUAAAGAGACGAGCAUCCAAGUUCUAGCCUAGCUGGGCUGAAGUGCUGAACAUAUAUAGGACCCAAUUUGGUUCAAGGAUUGAAAGCCCUUGUAAAGACCCCGCAUCCUUGUAUCCGCACAGUUCCUAAAGCAGCGCUAGCGUGUCCUCUUUAGAACAUGGAAGAAGCGUCUACCGUGUCACCGGAUAUUGUCUGAAUUUUGACUUUCCAGUUGUUUCUUAUCGUAAUAUAAACAGUAUUAAAAGAAGUUGGGCUAGUCCGUCACUUUUCCAUAGCCUCUGGAUAUUUCUCCCCUUUUCUGGCAGCAUUAUUAGUAGAUAAAACAGAAGGAACAGAAUGAACAAAGUCGAAAUAAGCAACAACAUUCUCUAUCCCAAGGAAGACAAGAAGCAGAAGAUUCUCCUCUAUGCAUGCCGCAACUGUGAUCACCAGGAGGUUGCUGGUAAUAAUCGUGUCUACAGAAAUGAGAUAUAUCACUAUGCUGCAGAAUACACACAAGUGUUGCAGGAUGUGGCUUCAGACCCUGCUCUGCCUCGGACUAAAUCUGUUUGUUGUGCUGUAUGCGGCUAUGGGGAAGCUGUAUUCUUACAGGCAACCUCGAGAGAUGAGGGCAUGACAAUGUUUUAUGUCUGCUGCAACCCAAACUGCGGGCAUCGGUGGAGAGAUUGAAACUUGUCUACCCAGAAUUUAAAGAUCUCAAUGCUGAUGCAUAUGGACUUGUGUUAUUUCACCCCUGAAUCCAAAUAUGACCGAUGCAAAUACAGACUUGUGUUGUUUUAGCUUCAGAAUCCCAUUAUGACAUUAGUUCAGAAUCCUGCCAUAGGUGCUGUAGGCUAUCAGAAUUGCUGAUAGUACUCGUAAGCCAGCUACGAGAAGUUUUGAAGUUUUUGUUUUAAAUUAGCAUUUAAAAAAAAAAACAAAUAUUGAUGAG